AUGCAGACCUGGCCACAGGAAACUCAAGGAACCCGCUCUCAUUCAGAGCCACUGGCAAUUGUGGGCUUUGCGCUCAGAUUCCCAGACGGUGUUGCCUCAGAUGAUGAAUUUUGGGACAUGAUAUGGAGAGGUAGAUCGGCGACCUCGAACUUUCCCGGGGACCGGCUGAGCAUAGAUGGAUUCUACCAUCCUGACAAGUCAAGGCAAAGCACUCUGUCAGUGAAGGGAGGAAACUUCAUUCACGGUGACCUAGCUGCAUUCGAUGCGCCGUUCUUUUCCAUAUCACCUGCAGAGGCAGCGUGCAUGGAUCCGCAGCAUCGACUUUUGCUGGAGACUGCCUAUCACGCAUUGGAAGACGCUGGGGUGCCCAUGGAGAAAUGCUCCGGCUCCGAUACCUCUGUGUAUACGGGGAGUUUCACUAAUGAUUACCUCAGUAUACUACAACAAGACUAUGAUGCAGAACAGCGUCACGCUGCCAUGGGGAUUGCAACCUGCAUGCUCGCAAAUCGCAUAAGUUGGUUCUUCAAUCUGAAGGGGACGUCAAUGAAUAUCGACACUGCUUGUUCGAGUAGCUUGAUUGCACUCCAUCUUGCAUGUCAAGACCUCCGGGCGGGCACCGCAUCAAUGGCGCUGGUGGGUGGUGCAAACUUAGUGUUUCACCCACAGUUCAUGAAGGUGAUGUCAAAUGCUAAUUUUCUAACGCCAGAUAGCCAAUGCUGGAGCUUUGAUGAGCGAGCAAACGGCUAUGCACGGGGUGAAGGCAUAGCUAUGCUCGUAGUGAAGCGUCUUAAGGAUGCCUUGCAUAAUGGCGAUACCAUUAGAGCUGUUAUUCGCAAUACGGGUUCAAAUCAGGAUGGUAGAACUCCAGGGAUCACACAACCAUGUCUUGAGUCACAGAUAGCCCUGAUCAAGGAGACCUACCGGCGAGCUAAUAUUGAUAUGCAGCCUACCCGCUUUUUUGAAACACAUGGAACUGGCACGUCAGUAGGCGAUCCGAUAGAAGCAACGGCUAUUGGGCGAGCAUUUAGCUAUUGUCGAACUUCGCAUGAUCCUCUAUAUCUCGGAGCUGUGAAGGCGAAUAUAGGGCAUCUGGAAGGUUGUAGCGGCCUUGCCGGCGUGAUUAAAACUUUGUUAGUCUUGGAGAACGGAGUGAUCCCACCAAUUGCAAAGUUCAAAACAGCCAGCAAGCACAUCGAUACAGAAGCCCUCCCCAUAUGCUUUCCCACAAGCCCUCUAGCUUGGCCAAAGCCCGGUCUUCGUCGCGCUUGUGUGAAUUCGUUUGGCUUUGGAGGCACAAAUACUAUUGUCAUUCUGGACGACGUAUAUAACUACCUGCAGCUCAAUGGUCUUCAUGGCCAUCACCGUACCUGUCAAGGAAUGUACGACGAGCAAGUUAUCCCAUAUCGCCCCGUGGGUCAAGCCGCUACAGUUAUAUCCUCAAAUGAUGGGCCAAGCGGUCAUUUAGAUGUUGCUCAGGUGCCAAGACUGCUUGUAUGGUCUGCCACCAGGAAGGAUGGCGCAGAAGCACUGUCUGAUUCCUUCUGCAAACUUUUUCAGCAGGCCCAGUGUGACUUGGAUGACUUGGCGUACACUCUGUCAGCGAAACGAAGUCACCUAUCAUGGCGCGGCUUCACAAUCUCAGGUGGAUCGGACAAUCAGCUCUGUACCUCCCGGGUAAAGGCGGACACACCGCUCAGAGCAAACGAACACGCUGGAGUUGCAUUCAUAUUUACCGGCCAGGGAGGUCAGUAUCACGGUAUGGGUCGUGAACUCUUCCUAUUCCCAGAAUUCAAAAGAAGUGUUGCUCUGUCGGAGGAAUGUUUGAAGAGACUCAAUUGCACAUGGUCGCUUUACCGACUCCUAAGUGUCGAUAACUGCGACCUUCAAAUCGACAAUCCCAAGUAUAGUCAGCCGUUGUCCACAUGUAUCCAAAUUGCUCUCAUCGACUACCUCACCAGCAUAGGGGUAACGCCAACAGUUGUUCUAGGCCACUCAUCCGGCGAGAUAGCUGCUGCAUACGCUGCUGGGGCUCUCUCUCGAUUCUCUGCUAUCAAGGUUGCUUAUUAUAGAGGCAUUCUAUCCUCUAAGCUCGCAGCCAAUAGCCCCGCUCAGACCAUGAUGGCGGUACGUCUCUCGAAGGAUGACAUAAUUCCAUAUAUUCAGCGGCUCCGGGAGCAAGUCAACAUAGUCGAUGUUGUGAUUGGGUGCGUGAACAGUCCACACAGCAUCACAUUAAGUGGGGGCGCAGAACAACUAGACAUGGUGCGACUGUGGCUUGAGCAGGAUGACAUAUUUGCACGAAAGCUCCGAGUUUCGGUUGCAUAUCACUCAAGUACAAUACUCAACAUUGCGGAUGAGUACCGGUUAGUGCUGGGAAGCCUUGAAAGAGGUCAAGAGUCCGGAUCCGUACGAAUGUUCUCCUCCGUAACUGGACAUGCGAUAGCAGUGGAUGUUCUGGGAAAUGCCGAAUACUGGGUUCGAAACAUGUAUUCCAGGGUGGAGUUCGAUAGAGCUAUGGCCAACCUCUUGAUAGAAAUUCCCAAGCGGCCAGGCAAACAGCUCGGCCGAUCCAACGCCUCCUGCAAUACACCAGUCACCCAUCUUCUGGAGAUCGGACCACAUUGUGUGCUUCAGGGACCAAUAUCUGACUGCUUGCAAUCAAGUUCUAUUGCAAAGAAACCCAGCUAUAUUCCAUCGCUCAUCCGCGGCGAAAAUGCCCAUUAUUCUCUUCUGAGAACUAUAGGAAAGCUACACUGCGCCGGCGUUCAGGUAGAUUUGCUUAAAGCAAAUCUACUUGACGAAACUCCGAGGCCAAUCCCAAAGGGAAUGCCAAGGUAUCCUUUCGAUCAUACUAGGUCAUAUUGGAAGGAAAGUCGUCUUAGCAGAAACUUUCGUUUCCGCUUGGAAGCGCGACAUGACUUACUGGGGACCCGUACACUGGACUGGAAUCCACGAGAGGCUCGAUGGCGAAAUACCCUACGAGUCAGUGAAAUGCCAUGGUUGCGUGAUCAUAGAGUCGAAGGACGCAUCACGCUACCAGCCGCCGCCAUGAUUGUGAUGGCAGUUGAGGCAUUGCAGCAGCUUAUUGAAGACACGGCAAGCAUUGCUAAUAUCAAUUUCCAAAGUGUUAGCUUCCUGCACCCAAUCCGCAUCUCCGAAGAGACAGACCAAGUGGAGACGCAGUUCACCAUAUCUUCCGAGCAUUCGACGAUCACUCACACCACUUGGUCCCGGUUUAGGCUUUUCACUAUUGAGAAUGGCUCAUACGUGGAGUGCUGCAAUGGGAUUGUUCGUGCUUUCAUUAAUUAUAAUGAGGAACAGACCUCAGCUAAUCCCCCCAUACGGAUCCCGUUUGCCACUCAGGGAGUUGCUUCCUGGGUCAAGGAGGUCCGUGAUGGCUGUCGAGUCCCCGAGGUAGAUGUCUAUGCCAGACUGCAGGAUACUACGGUAGAGUACGGUCCCUGUUUUCGGAACUUGCAGGGCGUACGCGUAGGAGACAAAGGGGAGGCAAUCGCCGAGGUCCAAAUAGAUACUUGGAAGUCAAGAACGCGUACCGAUACAUGGCCCCAAAAGUAUGCCGUCCACCCAUGUACCAUCGAUGGUCUAGCUCAAAUUGUCUUCCCGGCCCUCAUGAAGGAGGGACAUGUCAUCCCUACAAUGGUCCCAACUCUCGCCGCUAGCAUUUGGAUCAACUACAGGAGGUUUCAGCUACUUCAGGAGGGCAGCCUUAAGGUGUCGGCCAAGUGUAGCAUGCGUGGAGCACGAGGGUCCUCGGCCAACAUUGUAGCAACCUCAACUGGGUCGAAUGAGCUACCAUUGCUAUACAUUGAGGGACUAGAGGCUACAUUUCUUGGUGGUCUUGGGUCUUCCAGAAAUGAGGGUAAGGCUCUCCGCAACCUAUGUAGUCGCCUUCUGUGGCGGCCGGAUCUUGACCUCAUGAGUCUCCCACAGCUAGAGAGAGAAUGCUCCCGUGAGCGACCGGAAGAAUCCAAGGAUGCUGUACAAUAUUCUCGGAGCCUAAAGCUUGCCAUUAUGUCAUUCAUUGAGGAUGCUAUGAGCAAGCUGUCGCAAAGUGGCAGUCUAUCCAUACCACCGGAAUUGAAACUAUACGUGGCAUGGAUAAAACAUCAACAGCAACGGCCAGAGAAUGCUGGACUUCGCAUGAUGGCUCAAAGGCUAAUACAAAACCGUAGUGAGCACGACAAACUUGUGGCUCAGGUUGAGGAAGCCAACGUAGAGGGUCAGUUCUUCAUGCACAUUGGCAAAAACCUAACCGGUGUACUAUCUGGAAUUAUUGAUCCCCUGGAGUUGAUGUUCGGCAAUGGUCUUGCGGAUCGUUAUUAUCAGCAAAUGCUAGGAAACCCCUAUCAUACUCAUCCUGUGAAAGUGUAUCUUGAUCAUCUAUGCUUCAAAAACCCAUCUAUGAACUUCCUUGAAAUCGGGGCCGGUACUGGAGGUCAAACGUUGUGUGUAUUGGAAGCCAUCACCUCGAACGGUCUAAAACGGUGUGCCCGGUACGACUACACCGAUAUCUCACCAGCGUUCUUUGUCAAUGCCCGCGAAAGGUUUCGAGACUAUGCAGAUAUUAUGCGCUUCCAAGCCUAUGACCUCUCACGGGACCCAAUCUCCCAGGCCUUCCAGAAAACCGAUUAUGAUGUGAUCGUAGCAUCACAUGUCCUUCAUGCUGUCGAGAACCUUGACCAAGCACUACAGAAUAUUAGAAAGCUUCUCAAACCGGAUGGAAGGCUCUUGCUGUUCGAAACUACGGAUCCUGACUGCUUACCAAUUGGGUUUGCCUUUGGGCUGCUCAAGGGCUGGUGGAGUCCGCUUGGAUUUGAGUCUCGGUCCCAGCACAGCCCAUGCCUGACAACUGCUCAAUGGGAUGAUAGGCUCAAGAACGCAGGUUUCUCUGGUCUGGAUCUGAAGUUUGAAGGUCAGCAAGAUCGUGACUAUCAGUACAGUAGCAUCAUGAUUUCCAGGGCGGCGGCUCAUGUCAAUGGAGUGGCUGACCAGAACGAAGUCUCUGACAUUUUCACGGAUAUAGCGGUCAUGAUAGACCGAGAAGUUGAGGAUCAGUAUCAAGUAGCAGCAUCACUCGAGGAACGUUUCAUUGAUAUACACACCUACACUCUCCACGAACUCGCAACGAAGAAACUCUCGCCUUCAACGUUACUAGUCUCUCUCCUUCAGCUGCAGAAACCAUUCCUCGACAAUAUUUCUAGAGACAAUUUCGGCAUGCUCCAAUCGGUUCUCCUUGCCUUGAAGAAUACCCUUUGGAUCACGCAAGCACAAGGGGAGACUACUCCAAAUCAAUGUCUAGUGGAGGGAUUCGGUCGGUCGCUGGCAUCCGAAGACCCAACACGAAUGUUUGUUACCCUUGCUCUAGACGGCUCCGAUAUGAGAGUCAAGCAACGCAGUGAUGUGAUAUCUCUUGUAGUCAAUAAGAUAAAAGACGGACCCAAGGGUGAUCUUGAGGCCAACCUCAUUGUGAAAGAUGGUUUGCUGCACAUACCCCGUGUUUCGGAAGGCUUUGCCAUGAACGAGACAGUCAGUCAGGCGAACCAAAAAUACCAACAACAGCUGUGGCAGUUGCCCAGUAAAGCUCAAGCAUCAAUCGUACUGGACUCACCUGGCCCUAAAAAUAUCGUAGGGUUUUGCGAGGAGCCAUUAGAUACACACGCGCUUAGCGAUGACGAACUAAUUGUCGAAGUCAAAGCCAUCGGGCUGUCUUUUCGUGAUUACCUGGCUGCAAUUGGGGAACUCGACAACUCAGAAUUGGGCAUGGAGUGUGCCGGAAUUGUUCAGAAAGUCGGGCGCAAAUCUUGCUUCAACCUGGGCGAUCGUGUCUGUCUAAUUGGGACAUCCAUGGCUCGCACGUCUGUCCGAAUAAGAGCAGAUGCUGCCAGAGCCUUACCUGCAGAUAUGACAUUUAUAGAAGCAGCCUCACUACCCUGUGCUGUUUGGCUGGCCUAUCACUCAAUAGUUCGUGUUGCUGCGAUUCAAAAGGGAGAGUCCCUCUUGAUUUGCCAAGGGUCCAGUGCCGUUGCUCAGAUGGCCAUGCAACUUGCACUCAUCCGAGGAGCUCGCGUUUUUUCCCUCGUUAGUUCUGAGUCCAAGAGAAGCUUUGUCUCUGAGGUGUUUGGCAUUGGACAAGGAGGCGUCUUCUUGACUCACGAUCCGUCUAUGAGUAGCAAGCUGCAUGAAGUGACGGAAGGAAAUGGCUUCGAUAUCAUCUUCGGCUCCUUGGCUGAUUAUAGCAUGAUCGACUUCUACGAAUAUCUUGCUCCACACGGACGUCUCCUAGAUACCAGCCUAAAGAGGUCAUCGGUAAAUGGCAGGAGCCCUAUGCCCAGAACGCAAGUUGCAAAUGUAACACAGGCGUCAAUAAAUCUAGCAGGGCUUCUGCGAACAAAGGCAUCUGCCGCUUAUCAAAUCUUCCAGGAAGCCAUGGAGUCGUACUUCUCUCAAUCGCUCAAGCCGCCACAACCCCUCAAUAUACUCCCUGCCACUGAUGUUGAGACAAUUUUCCAGAAGCCAAACAGCUCAACUUCAAUAGGAAAGAAUAUUGUGGAGUUGAGUAACGGAGCCACAAUUGCUGUAAAUGUCUCCAGAAAGCCUGCAUAUUGCUUCUCUGAUGCCGCUACCUAUGUCAUCGCUGGUGGGCUUGGUGGUUUGGGACGAAGUAUUGCGCGAUGGAUGGUCAGCAGAGGCGCUCGCCACCUGGUGCUUCUCUCUCGCUCUGGUCGCCAAAGCCAAGCAGCAAAGUCCUUGCUACAUGAACUAGAAGCCCAAGGAGUUCAGACUGUUGCACCGCGCGUCGAUAUCGGCGAUUUUGCUGGCCUCAAGGAAAUUAUUGGUGCUUUAUCCGUGCACAUGCCCCCGUUUCGUGGUUGCAUACAGGCGACGAUGGUUCUGAAGGACAAUCUCUUUGAAAAUAUGAGUCAUGAUGACUGGACUCAGAGUACCCAAUCCAAAGUUGCUGGCUCAUGGAACUUGCAUCGUCUAUUGCCCCAGGGCAUGGAUUUCUUCAUUCUUCUUUCAUCUGUAAACGGAAGUCUGGGCGGCAUGGGUCAAGCCAAUUACGCCGCUGGUAAUACAUUCCAGGAUGCCCUCGCAAAGUACAGAAUUAGUGCCGGAGAAAAGGCUGUUGCUCUCGAUCUAGGGCUCAUGGUUUCAGAAGGCCUCGUGGCCGAGAACAAGUCCUUGCUGGCAUCUCUUCGAUCAAUGGGGCACUUGAUGGAUAUAUCGCAAGACGAGCUCAUAGCCCUCUUGGACUAUUACUGCAACCCAACAUUGCCGUUACUUUCUCAUGACGAAGCUCAAAUACUCGUCGGCAUCGAGCUGCCGUCCAAUGUACGGGCCAAAGGCAACGACCUCCAGCACUUCAUGCGUCGGCCAAUGUUCCGUCAUCUGUUCGCCAUUGACAGGCAGCUGAAAGGGGGUAGUUUUGAGACUAAAGCCUCCACCAUGGCCACUGCUAUAGAUAGACAACCUGAAUUGAGAGCAGUGGAUUCACAGGACGAGGCUGUGUCUCUUGUCACCAGUUGGAUCCGCGUCAAGUUGGAACAGAUCAUGGGCAUUCCCGGAGCGGAGAUCAAUGCUGAGAAGCCGGUAAGUGCACACGGGAUGGACUCACUGAUGGCUUUGGAUCUCAAGAACUGGUUUCAUAGUGAGAUUGGCGUGGAUCUCACCAUCUUUGAUAUCAUGAGUAGUAUGGACCUCAACCAGCUGGCCGGGAUGGUUGUCUGCAAUAGUCGCGAUCGGGAGUAA